UUUCUGCUGACACUUGUGACAAAAUGUUAUUUCAAAAAUUUGUUGUUAUUUUAUGUGUUAUAUUCAUUAGUUUUGCUGCCGCAAAACCACCAAAAUUGAAUAAAUUCCUACCACAAUCAAUACAAGAUCAUGGAACAAAAUUCGCAUUAUUUUGUCUGGUUCAAGAUGGCCAGAAACCAUUCAUCUUUGAAUGGCGAUUCAAUGAUCAGCUCUUAAAACCAUCAUCAGAUCAAUCAGAUUAUCGUAUCGAUUCAUUCAAUGAUGACCAAUCUCAAUUAACCAUUGCGAAACUUGACCCAAAACAUUCCGGAACCUAUUCAUGCAUUGCACGUAAUGAUUUCGGUUUCGACAAACAAUCUACACAUCUUAUUGUUACAG